UUCAACCCUCGCUCACCUGGAUCGAAGAAGAAGAAAAUUUUGUAUGGCUAUGGAGAAGAUGCAGUGGAAUAAACAAUUGCAUUGGGUCAUGUUACGAAGAAAACUUUUAGAUGAAAAAGUGCAUUGAAAAAAACUGUGCUGCAAGUGCAACCCCCUCCGGAAACAACUUCACAGUAAAAACACAAGUAUGCUUCCUCCCACAACAUAUUAUUAUCAAGCAAAAUCAUUGAUGAAUGUUGAAAAUCACCUUAGCAUGCAGCGUUGAGAUAUUUAUGAUUCAAAGCAAGGGGCACGCAUCUACUGUUACCCAAGCUGUGCAAUUUUCCAUAAUUGCGGUCUAUUCUGCUGAUCCCGUUCUGGUGUCUAAUUAUGGAUUAUAUUUAUUUUGAUGAUUUUAAUGAAACCAGCACAUUUUCUGAUAAUGUUUUCACGUUCUGUGAUAAUUCUGAAGUUAAAGAUUUUGAGAGAGUUUACGUUCCCAGUUUAUAUGCAAUCAUAUUUCUGGCAGGGCUUCUGGGCAAUUCUUUGGUCAUCGUGACUAAGGUCCUUUAUGAGAAGCUGAAGACCAUGACAGAUAUCUACAUGAUGAAUCUAGCAAUUGCUGAUUUGAUCUUUCUUUGCACCUUGCCACUAUGGGCAGUUGCUGCAUAUAAUGAAUGGACUUUUGGAACUGUUAUGUGCAAUGUUGUGACUGGUGUGUACACUGUCAACUUAUAUAGCUGUAUGCUUAUACUUACCUGUGUGACCGUAAACAGGUAUCAUGCCAUUGUUCAAGCAACAAAAAUGCCUAAAAAUAAAAGAACGCAUGGUAUGUUCAUUUGUGCAGCAGUUUGGGUGUUUGCAAUCAUCCUGGCCCUUCCAGAAUUUAUAUUAAGUGAAACAAUUUCUGAUGAAUCUGGAAAAACCAAGUGCACUAUGAACUAUCCGCCUAAUUCACACAACAGCAUUGAAAUAGGAGUUCGUUUUACACAGAUGGCAGUGGGAUUUUUGAUACCAUUUGUGACAAUGAUCAUUUGCUACACAAUCAUCACAAUAACUCUGCUCAAAGCUAAGGGCUUUCAAAAACAUAAAUCGUUGAAGAUUAUUGUUGCAGUUGUAAUUGUAUUCACGAUCUGUGAGCUCCCAUACAAUAUUGCACUCUUGCUGAUAACUUUGCAGAUCACCAGUAAAGAACACACGAAUUGUGAAUACAAUGCAUAUAUAGGCUAUGCAAUUAUUGUAACAGAGAGCAUUGCCUAUAUCCACUGCUGCCUCAAUCCUAUUCUGUAUGUAUUUCUUGGAGUGAAGUUUAGAAACAAUUUUUUGAAGAUUUUAAAAGAUGUUGGGUGUGUUAGUCAAAAACAAUUGCAUGGGUAUCUGAAAACUGAGUGUGAAACAUCACAGCAGAGAACAUGUGUAAGUGAAACUACUAUGUAUCCUUUGUAAAGUAUUCUGUAUAUAUCAGUACAGGUGCACAACCUUUUAUCCGAAAGCCUUGGGACCAGACACUUGUCGGAUUUCGGACAUUUUCGGAUUUCCGAAUGGAAGAUUUUUAGCGUAGAUUAAGUAGGUAGCGCGGGCGGCUUGAAAAGUCUGGAGCAGCAGCCUCCUCCCCGGAGACCGGGAGAAUCAUUGCA